AGUGCAACUGCAUUAGAACGUUUAGUGCGCGCGACUUGUUGAUCGAAUUUGAGUACGAACGAUAUGGAAGCCGUUGUAGAUAUGGAAGAUCGGCGGAAGCUUUUGGAGCAUAUGAUUUUGGAGUUUAGAAAUAUUUGCUACAAGGGGGUGGUGAAGGGUGACCAACGGAAAACCAUUCUGGAGAACGUUUCCGGUCGGUUCUCCCCGGGAAGACUAACAGCGAUCCUUGGACCUUCAGGAGCAGGCAAGUCUUCAUUGCUGAACAUUCUGUCGGGAUUCAAAAAAAAUGGCGUCAUCGGAUCCGUGUCGAUCAACGGCGAAACGGUAGGCGAUGAAACGUUUCGAAGCAAGUGCGUGUACAUUUCCCAGGAUUACGAUUUGAUGGAUCACCUAACGGUGCGGGAGAUCAUGGACUAUGCCGCAGAAUUGAAGAUGCCCAUCUCCAGCUCCCGAAUGGUGCGGAUGAAAAAAGUGAGUGACAUUCUGGACGUUCUCGGGCUUCGUCAGAGUAUGACAACUCUGGUGAAGAAUUUGUCCGGAGGGGAGAAGAAACGGCUAUCGAUCGGUAUGGAAUUAAUUACGAAUCCACCUAUUAUUCUGCUUGACGAGCCGACGAGUGGGCUGGACAGCGUCUCGGCGAUGCAGUUAGUGAGUUACAUCAAGACACUGGCGCAGGAAGGCAGGACGGUUGUCAGUGUGAUUCAUCAACCGGCUUCCAGUCUGUUUCAACUGUUUGAUGAUCUGUUCCUGCUGUCGGCUGGGAAGUGCAUUUACAACGGUCCAAUUAGUGGAUUGGUGGGGAGCUUCUCGGAAGCCGGACUGCACUGUCCAAAGUACUACAAUCGUGCUGAUUUUGCUCUGGAAGUAGCAUCGAUGUCGAGCUGCCCCGGAAUCGAGCUGCUCACCUUAAAGUUCAACAACUCCGACGCUCACGGGAGAAAAUCUUCCGAUGAGGACGUCAACUACAGGAACAGCAUCCUGACACCUUACCGGAAUACUUGUCUGAUCAGAAAAUCCCGACGCAGAUAUCCGGUUCCACAGUGGAAACAGUUCCAUGUGCUUCUUAGGCGAUCGCUUCGAUCUACCGCGCGAGAUUUUUUCUUUGCUCAACUCCGAGUCAUUGCUCACGUCGUAGUUGGAAUAUUGUUGGGAGUCGUAUUCUACAACACUGGACAGGACGCUUCCACCGUAAUGACGAACACAGCUGGUCUGUUCUUCUUUCACAUUUUCAUCUUCUAUGGAAACGCUAUGCCCUGUACUGUUACUUGUAGGUUAUCAACUGUGUAUUUUAUGUUAUACAUACUUCAUCCAUCAAUCUCUCUUUCAGUCCCAUCGGAGGCGAAAAUCUUCGUGCGGGAACAUCUCAACAACUGGUACUCUCUGGAAGCGUACUACCUGGCAAAGUUCUUCGCCGACAUUCCACUUCAGCUCAUCUGUCCGACACUGUUCGUCAGCAUUGGGUACUACCUAACUGGUCAACCGUUGGAACCGAUGCGAUUCGGCAUGUUCUGGGCCAUGUGUUUGCUGUUGGGCAUCUUUGCUCAAACUGUAGGUCUUCUUUCCGGGGCCGCAUUCGACAUCCAGAUGGCGACGUUCUUCGUUCCCAGCUUGAGCAUUCCGGCUAUGCUCUUUUCUGGGUACUUUAUCAAAUCGUACGAGAUGUUGGAGUUUUUGCAACCACUGUCCUAUACGUCGUUCUUUCGGUACACGAUGCAGGGAUCGCUGCAAGCCAUCUACGGCUACAAUCGAACGGAUUUUCCCUGUUCGCAGAUUAUGUGCUACUACAAUAGGCCAAGCAAAUAUUUGAAGUUUAUGGAUACUCCGGAUACGGGAUUUGAGUAUAACGUGUACGUCAUGUUAGGAUUCAUCGCUCUGUUUCAGGUGAUAUUGUACAUAUGCCUAAGAAGGCGGUUGAGGAUUUUCCAAUAAAGCUGUUUUAACUUUGCAACUUAUUUAUUUUACAUUCGAAUCAUUCGAUAAAAUAUUUCUUAAGGAAUACACCCCUUUAGUAAUAACAACGCUAGGCUAAAUGCAAGACCAUCAUAAUCCGCUACUUUUCCUCGGAAGACAAUCACUUUUUUUUUGCAUCCUUCGAACACAAAUAACUUCUCGGUGACUAUUCACAUUGUUGGUUUCCUACCUAAUAUGACUCCUGCAAUUUGCA